AUGGAAGAGAGGGCACUCGAGGACUUUGAGAAGAGCGACGGAGCCCUGCGCACUAUCAAAGAUUUGGGUGCUGGUGCAGCUGGUGGAAUUGCUCAGGUUCUUCUUGAUAUUGUCAAAGUGCGGUUGCAAACAACCACUCAGUAUGCCGGCGCCCUCGACUGUGCCAGCAAGAUUCUCAAGAAUGAGGGUCCCGCCGCGUUCUACAAGGGAACACUAACCCCCUUGAUUGGAAUUGGUGCUUGUGUCAGUGUGCAAUUUGGUGCUUUCCACGAAGCCCGGAGGCGCCUGGAGGAAUUGAACAAGAAGAAAUAUGCCGAUAGUAGCCUAUCUUACGGCCAAUAUUACAUGGCUGGUGGUUUCGCGGGUCUCACCAACUCCGUUCUGUCCGGGCCCAUUGAGCAUAUCCGUAUUCGCAUGCAGACCCAGCCGCACGGCGCAGACCGGUUAUACAAUGGCCCUAUCGACUGCAUCCGUAAGCUCUCUGCUCAGGGAGGCGUCCUGCGGGGCCUCUAUCGUGGUCAGAACGUCACCUAUCUCCGUGAGAUCCAGGCCUAUGGUAUGUGGUUCUUGACCUUUGAAUUCUUGAUGAACCAGGAUGCCAAGCGCAACAAUGUCAAGCGUGAGGAUAUCUCUAGUCUCAAGGUCGCCACAUACGGUGGAUUGGCAGGUGAGGCGCUUUGGUUGAGCAGCUACCCAUUCGACGUGGUGAAGAGUAAGAUGCAAUGCGAUGGCUUCGGGGCUCAACAACAGUUCAAGAGCAUGACAGACUGCUUCAAGAAGACCUAUGCUGCUGAGGGUCUCGCUGGCUUCUGGAAGGGCAUUGGUCCCACCCUGCUGAGAGCUAUGCCUGUGUCGGCUGGAACGUUCGUCGUUGUCGAGCUUGCCAUGAAGGCAAUGGGCCGCCAACUUCAUUCCUUCAGCCGCCAGGCUCGGACUCUGAACUCGCUCAACCGAUUUUACUCAACUGAACCACCAGUCGACACCACACUUCAGACCCGUAUUAAGGAGCGAUCUGCUGAGAUCGAGUCCCGCUAUCAAAACGAUGCUGUUCCCGAGAGAAUCUCAAGGAGGCGCGCCGAGCAGUUGGCCUGGAAGGCGCGAGGCGAGCGAAGAUACAAAUUCCAAGACCUUGGCAGCAGCGUGACAGACGCGUACAAACCAGAGGAUAUCAUCCGGAACCCUCCUAAGCCUUCCGACGUUACCCUCGAACUGCUCCUCGCUUCUCAGACACACCUCGGACACUCGACAUCCCGCUGGAACCCUCAGAACUCGCGCUAUAUCUUUGGUAUUCGAGACGGUGUCCAUGUCAUCUCCCUGGACGUGACCGCAGCGUACCUGCGUCGUGCGGCCAAGGUGGUAGAGGAAGUCGCAGCUCGUGGCGGAUUGAUCCUCUUCGUCGGCACACGGAAAGGCCAAAAGAGAUACGUGGUCCGCGCCGCAGAACUGGCCAAGGGCUACCACAUCUUCGAGCGAUGGAUUCCCGGCAGUCUGACCAACGGACAGCAGAUCCUGGGCCACUGCGACACCAAGGUCGUGAAUGCUAUGGAUAAUGAAAUUCCCAAGUUCAGGGAAGCCUUGGCUGACCGCUCGGUCCUCAAACCUGACCUGGUGGUCUGUCUGAACCCUCUCGAGAACGUCGUCUUGCUCCACGAAUGUGGUCUCAACAACGUCCCUACCAUCGGUGUCAUUGACACGGAUGCUGAUCCUACCCGCGUCACAUACCCCAUCCCCUCCAACGACGACAGCAUGCGUGCCAUCGGUGUCAUCGCCGGUGUCCUGGGACGGGCAGGAGAAGCCGGUCAACAAAGGAGAUUAGAGAACGCAAAGAACGGAGUCCUAACCUACCCGCCCCUCAAUCCCGAACACCUCCUCUCCCCCGAACGUCUCGCCGAACUCGCCCAAAUUGAAGCGGCAAACGCCGCUGCCAACGCUGAGACAGCCGAACUCGCCAACAAGGUCGACGACGCCGUUAAGUCCAUUGAAACCGAACAGGCUUCAAUCCCCAAGGAAAGCUCGCAGCCCGCCGAACCCCAACCAGAACAGCCUAAGACGCAGGCCCAGGCCCCGGAAACCCCCGUUAAAGACCAGUAA